CGUCCAUUGUCCGUCCGUCCGCACUCACUCAGAUAUACUUGUGGGGUGGAUUGCACGUAUGUCUGGUAGUUGUGCGGAUUUUUCGACUUCUGAGGUGCAACGCACAAAAUCAACACUCCAAUCGUUAGAUUCGGCCAAAAUGACGUCAAGCAAGCUAUUUUUAUUUUUGCACCUCGCAAAUUUCGGACCAGCGGACACCCAAUCAAAAAAAGCGGACGACGUCGCAAAUCACACCAAGUUCCUCCACUCCCCCCACUUUAUUCGCGCCUUUUUUUCUGUCAUCGGAACACCUCGAUUUUUUCGUUGGUAAUACAUAACCGGAUGUAGGCACCCUCAGAACUCUUUAGACCGGCGCAAGUUUUAAGAUGUAAAAGGUAAGUGAACAUAUCUGAUUAUCCUAUUCCAAAGCUGCGUAAGGAUAAGGUCUGAAAAUAAACAUGAGUAGAGAAUUUACUAGCAGUAGGAAAAGCAGGUCGGGCUUAACCGAACAUUUUUCUGGGUGCAUAAUUGACAUGAUAAACGUGGAUAUAGGUAUGUUUUGUCAUUACCGUUCGUUAUUCAAUCAUGUCUGCUGCUCCAGCCUUUGCGAAUGAUAUUCCUGUUGGACUUUUGGCGUUCGGAUCCUGUGUCCUAGUGAAAAUAAAAGGGCUUCCUGCCAAUCUUUGGUGGCCGGGAAGAGUGGCUGAGGAAUGCACAGAUGGAGACACAUAUAAGAUUUUCGUUAAGUCGGACAAGACUGAAACUACUCCAAAAAAAGAAAAUGAAAACAAAUAUGUUAUACUUCCUUGAGGAUGUACAGUGGAUUCAGGAGAGUACAAUGGUUCAGGAGGAUAAAACGGUUCAGGGGUGUACAAUGGUUCAGGAGAGUACCAUGGUUCAGGAGGAUAAAACGGUUCAGGGGUGUACAAUGGUUCAGGAGGAUAAAACGGUUCAGGAGUGUACAAUGGUUCAGGAGGAUAAAACGGUUCAGGAGUGUACAAUGGUUCAGGAGGAUAAAACGGUUCAGGAGUGUACAAUGGUUCAGGAGGAUAAAACGGUUCAGGAGUGUACAAUGGUUCAGGAGUGUACAAUGGUUCAGGAGGAUACAACAGUUCAGGAGGGUACAAUGGUUCAGGAGGAUACAACCAUUCAGGAGGGUACAAUGGUUCAGGAGGGUACAAUGGUUCAGGAGGGUACAAUGGUUCAGGAGGAUACAAUGGUUCAGGAGAGUACAAUGGUUCAGGAGGAUAAAACAGCUCAAGAGGGUACAAUGGUUCAGGAGGAUACAAUGGUUCAGGAGGAUACAACCAUUCAGGAGGGUACAAUGGUUCAGGAGGAUACAAUGGUUCAGGGGGAUAAAACAGCUCAGGAGGAUGCAACAGUUCAGGAGGGUACAAUGGUUCAGGAGGAUAAAACGGUUCAGGAGUGUACAAUGGUUCAGGAGUGUACAAUGGUUCAGGAGUGUACAAUGGUUCAGGAGGAUACAAUGGUCCAGGAGGGUACAGCGGUUCAGGAGGAUACAAUGGUUCAGGAGGAUAAAACAGCUCAGGAGGGUACAAUGGUCCAGGAGGGUACAAUGGUUCAGGAUGGAACUAUCGUUCAGGAGGGUACAGCGGUUCAGGAGGAUACAAUGGUUCAGGAGGAUAAAACAGCUCAGGAGGGUACAAUGGUCCAGGAGGGUACAAUGGUUCAGGAUGGAACUAUCGUUCAGGAGGGUACAGCGGUUCAGGAGGAUACAAUGGUUCAGGAGGAUACAAUGGUUCAGGAGGGUACAAUGGUUCAGGAGGAUACAAUGGUUCAGGAGGAUACAACCGUUCAGGAAGGUACACUGGUUCUGGAGGGUACUAUGGUUCAGGUGGAUACAAUGGUUCAGGUGGAUAAAACAGCUCAGGAGGGUACUAUGGUUCAAGAGGGUACAGGGGCUCAGGACGGAACUAUUGUUCAGGAGGGUACAGUGGUUCAGGAGAGUACAACGAUUCAGGAGUGUACAACGGUUCAGGAGGGUACAACGGUUCAGGAGGUUCAAGAUACUGAUCUGGAAUGGUCAAAUUAUGGAGGGUUUUCAGACUAUGAUGAUUUUUCAGACAAGGAUUUUGUCCCAAGUGAUGAAUUAAUAGAAGAUAGUGACAGUGAUAGUUAUUAUAGUGAUGAAUAUCCUGUUCUCAACCAAAGAUUUGUCAGCAUAAUGAGCAGUCAGAAGCAUCAGGAAAUGGACCACAAUGGAAAAUUCCCCAAUAGCAUUAAUGAUAUUGAAGGGGACGUAGGAGUAAAGGAAGUGAUUAAUCCAGAUGAAGACAGUGAUGGCAGCUCAAGUGAAGAUGAAGACAGCAUAUUCAGGGAUUCGGAAAAUCCUAAGAUUUUUAUCAGAAAAGUGCAGAAGUCCGCAACUACCAAAACUGGGAAGAAAAAAAUCAGUGAUCGAGUCUUCAAUAGUUACCAGUUUUGUGGUGUGUGUAAUAUAAAGGUUUCCAAUUUUUCACAACACAUUGAAAGGCAUAAGGAUAAACACAAAUCCAGUGAAGAAAUCCAGCAAAUUAUUCAGGAAAAAGAUGAAAAGCAGAAAAACUUGCUCCAGAAACUGUUACGGGCAAAGUUCAAUCACCAAUUUAACAUGGAGACAAUUAAAUCAGGGAAGGGAGAAAUACUCUUGGAACGCCGGCCAGCUGAUGGAUUUAACCUUAAGAACUUUGGACCAUGUCCCCGUUGUUAUUUAUGGAUAGCAAAGAAACUACUGCAUAAACAUCAAAAAAAAUGUUUGUCAAAAAAUGCUGAAGAGUGCAAUCUUGGAAAGGCUGCUGUCCAGACAAGGUCCGACAUACUUGCAAAUAGAAUUCCUACCAUUGCCAGCAAGGCCCUCAAAAAAGAGGUAUUUGAAAAAAUGAAUUUGGAUGAAGUUGGGAAAAUAGCUAGAAAUGACCCACUUAUUGUCCAACUUGGAAACCAGUGGCUUGAAAAAAAUGUAGGAAAUAGCCUCAAACGAGGGGCAUACACAUCACAGAUUAUGCGUUUGGUCGGAAGAAUGCUUUUACAUUUAAGGACAAUAAAACCUUUAAGUGAGGAAUGUACCAUGUGGAACUAUCUGAAACCAAACUACUUGGAUGAUAUAAUAAAAGCAACACUCAUGACAGCAUACCAGAAUAUAGAUGAUGAUGAGGAUAUGGCCAGUCCCAGCAAUGCCAUCAAACUUGGCUUUGAUAUCAAAAGACUUCUAAACGGCAAAAUUGGUCUUGCAAUAAUGUCUGGAGACAAAAAUUCACGUCAAGAUGCUGAAGAUCUGCUGAAGGCCAUGUCUAUAUAUUGGGGGACACGCGUCACGAAAUUAUCCAGAGUCCUGCUUGAACAGAGACGUUACACAAAGGACAAGAAAUUGCCUUUAACUGACGACAUCAAGAAAUUGAACCUUUUCCUUCUUGAAUCACUGAAAAUAAUUGAUCUGAGAAUAAAUACUCCUGACAACUUCAGGAAAGUUGCAGAAUUAACAGAGGCAAAACUGGUUGUUUACAACCGCAGACGGACCGGGGAACUCCAGGCAAUCAGGUUGACAGAUUACAACAAAAGAUGUAGAAAUCCUGGGGAAAACUGCACUGAUACCAUGGGACAGAUGUCUGAGUUUGAAAAGAAGCUGUUGGAGACACAAGAGUUGAUGACUGUCAGGGGAAAGACUGGCAGAGGGGUACCAGUCAUUUUGCCAGGAGAGACAAAAGCACCGAUGGCAUAUUUGACCAAUAUUCAAGUGCGAAAAUCAGCAGGGAUUGACAUAAACAACCCUUAUGUUUUUGCUUCACAAGGUGAUGGUUGUGGUGUUGUAAGGGCAUAUGAUGCCCUUACAAAAGCUUGUAAGGAGGCUGACUUGACAGCUCCGGAAACAAUAACAAGUACAACCCUUAGAAAGUAUAUGGCUACGAUAACACAAGUACUUGAUCUAAAGGAUCAUGAAAUGGAGUGGGUUGUGUCCCAUAUGGGGCACACUCUGGACAUUCACAAAAUUCAUUAUAGAGCAACCAGUGAUGUCAUUGAGGCCACACAAGUAGCGAAAAUUCUUUUGUUACAAGAUUUGGGAAAUUUUGGGAAAUUUAGAAACAAAACAUUACAGGACAUCCAGCUUGAUGAAAUUGUUUUUGAAACAAACAAAGACACUGCUUCUUCUGAUGAUCAUGAAGAUCCAAAUGAGUUCUUUACUCAAGAUGCUGAUUCUGCCUUUGGAGAUCUGGAGAUAGAUGAAGUGUUGAAUGUAUCUGAACAGUUCGAGGUUGAUCAAGAGUCUGAUCACUCUAGAAAAAGGAAGAAUCAAGCAGGUAAAAAUGCAAAGGGCAAAUGGAACCAAACAGAGGAGGAGGAAAUUCGACAACUGUUUAAAAAAAAUCUUGAGAACAAAAUAAGACCAACACCGAAGGAAUGUGUUAAAGCUAUUGCCAAAAGUAAGGCAAAUGGAGGAGUCAUCUGCAAACGGAGAAAGGAUGUAUUGAAGAAAAAGGUUUUUAGGAUGGUGGACAAAAUAAAGAACUAAACCAGUGGGUCAGUGAUGAUAGAAAUAUUGAAGAGUCACGGAUAAAUUGACAGUGUCAUCAUUAGAAUGAUCCAGGGACAUGGAUCAUUGGUAGAACUAUACAGGGACAUGUAUCAUUGGUAGAAUUAUCCAGGGACAUGGAUCAUUGGUAGAAUUAUCCAGGGACAUGGAUCAUUUGUAGAACUAUACAGGGACAUUGAUCAUUGGUAGAAUUAUCCAGGGACAUGGAUCAUUGGUAGAAUUAUCCAGGGACAUGGAUCAUUGGUAGAACUAUACAUGGACAUGGAUCAUUGGUAGAAUUAUUCAGGGACAUGGAUCAUUGAUAGAAUUAUCCAGGGACAUGGAUCAUUGGUAGAAUUAUCCAGGGACAUGGAUUAUUGGUAGAAUUAUCCAGGGACAUGGAUCAUUGGUAGAAUUAUCCACGGACAUGGAUCAUUGGUAGAAUUAUCCAGGGACAUGGAUCAUUGGUAGAAUUAUCCACGGGCAUGGAUCAUUGUUAGAAAUAUCCAGGGACAUGGAUCAUUGGUAGAAUUAUCCACGGACAUGGAUCAUUGGUAGAAUUAUCCACGGACAUGGAUCAUUGGUAGAAUUAUCCAGGGACAUGGAUCAUUGGUUGAAUUAUCCACGGACAUGGAUCAUUGGUAGAAUUAUCCAGGGACAUGGAUCAUUGGUAGAAUUACCCAGGGACAUGGAUCAUUGAUAGAAUUAUUCAGAGACAUGGAUCAUUGGUAGAAUUAUUCAGGGACAUGGAUCAUUGGUAGAAUUAUCCAGGGACAUGGAUCAUUGGUAGAAUUAUCCAGGGACAUGGAUCAUUGGUAGAACUUAUCCAGGGACAUGGAUCAUUGAUAGAACUAUACAGGGACAUGUAUCUUUGAUAGAAUUCUUUGGUGAGGAAGCUUGACUUUCAGGAAAAAUAAUAUAAUGCUUCUUUUUGGCUCACCUGCCCAAAGGGCUUCCGACAUGGUGUGGUGUCCAUCGUUUGUCCAUUU